ACUUACAGGCAGUAGUGGCGCUGUUUAAACUUCCACUUCCGCCCAUGUGACUCGCACCAAGAUGGCGGCACCCAUGAGGAAAACGUGAAUCGUGUUGGAUUGUUAUGUUACCAAAUAACUUAGAAGCAUGUCUCGGCUGAUUGUGAAAAAUCUCCCUAACGGGAUAAAAGAAGAUCGCUUCAGAGAGCUUUUUGCUGCAUUUGGCACUCUCACAGACUGCAGCCUAAAAUAUACAAAGGAUGGCAAGUUUCGAAAGUUUGGAUUUAUUGGUUUUGUUUCAGAAGAGGAAGCCAAAGCAGCGCUAGGUCAUUUCAACAAGAGCUUCAUUGAUACAUCCCGUGUCUCUGUGGAAUUUUGUAAAUCAUUUGGGGAUCCAGAUAAGCCCAAAGCUUGGAGCAAACAUUCCCAAAAAAAUGCUAAAGAUUCCGAGAAGGAAAAAGACUUAAAGCAGACACCUACUGAAUCUGUUAACUCCAAAAAUUCAAAAAAGAAGAAAACUGCCCUGGAAGAACUGGAAAAGGAAGAUGACUUCAAGGAGUUCCUCUCAGUGCACCAAAACAGAACAAAGACAUCUACUUGGGACAAUGACACCCAUGCAGCAGUAGAAAAGAAACAGAAAAGUCAGUCACAAGAUGAUUACCUGAAUUUUGAUUCUGAUUCUGAGGAGGAAAACAGUGAGAAUGAGUUGGGAAGUGAUGAUAGCAGUUCAGAAUCCACAGAAAAGCUUGCUUUGCAGUCAGAGAUUUCAGAUAUGGACUACCUCAAAUCUAAGGUAGUGCCAGAUCCCUGCCCUACCUUAUCUGAAGAAAGAGUGGAGGAAGAGGCUAAGGAAGAGUCUUCAGAGGAUGAUGAAGCGGUUGCUCAUCCACUAUCUACAGAAAAGCGUGAGCAACAGGACUACAAGAAGAGCAAAGAAAUUAAGAAAAAGAAAUCAGCUGUACAGAACGAGCCUACAACUUCGUAUACUGUCAAACUCAGGGGUGCGCCCUUCAAUGUCACUGAGCAAAAUGUGAGAGAGUUCCUUGUGCCACUGAAACCAGUGGCCAUCCGAAUAGCGCGUAACACUUAUGGAAACAAGACUGGUUAUGUCUUUGUUGACUUGAACAGUGAAGAGGAGGUGCAGAAAGCGCUAAAGAGGAACAAAGACUAUAUGGGUGGCCGCUAUAUUGAAGUGUUCCGUGACAACUACACAAAAAGUCCCAGUGUCCCACAAAAGACCCAGAGCAGACCUUGGGAACAACGUGACAAACAGGAAGAGCUUCAGGAAGAUGUGUCAGAGUCUGGCAGGCUCUUUGUACGAAACCUGCCAUACACUUGCAACGAGGAUGAUCUAGAGAAACUCUUUUCCAAAUAUGGUCCUAUCUCUGAAAUCCAUUUUCCUAUUGACAGCCUUACCAAGAAGCCCAAGGGUUUUGCUUUUGUUACUUUCCUCAUCACAGAACAUGCAGUAAAGGCAUAUGCAGAAGUGGAUGGACAGAUUUUCCAGGGUAGGAUGCUGCAUGUUUUGCCAUCUGCUGCAAAAAAGGAUGAAGUGAAUGAGUCAGAAGGAGAAGCAUCUGGGUACAAGAAGCAAAAGGCCUUAAAGGAUAAAGCCAGCAGUUCCAGUUCUCACAACUGGAACACACUAUUUAUGGGGACCAGCUCUGUAGCUGAAGUCAUUGCUCAGAAGUACAACACCAGCAAGAGUCAAGUGCUUGAUGAUGAGGGGAAAGGCAGCCUUGCAGUUCGGGUAGCACUAGGAGAGACUCAGCUGGUACAGGAUGUACGUCGCUUUCUCAUAGAGAAUGGAGUCAGCCUUGAUUCUUUCAGCCAGGCUGCAGGACCACGGAGUAAAACAGUGAUCUUGGCAAAGAACCUUCCAGCAGGCACUAAGGCUGCAGAACUGCAUGAGCUGUUUGCACGGUUUGGAGAUAUGGGGAGAGUGCUGUUGCCAGAAGGUGGCAUAAGUGCCAUUGUGGAGUUUCUAGAACCCACAGAGGCCAAGCGUGCUUUCUACAAACUGGCCUACACAAAGUUUCAUCAUGUACCUCUGUACCUGGAGUGGGCUCCAGUGAAUGUUUUUACCUGUCCUCCUCCACAAAAGAAAGUUGAACAGACUAAUCAAGUAACUUCAGAGGAGCAGGAGGCAGAUACCGCAGACACCAAAGAAGAGGUGAAAGAAAUGGAAGUUGAGGAUCAGGAAGAAGAUGAAGAAGAGGCACUUCCUGGUUGCACUUUAUUUAUUAAAAAUUUAAAUUUUAGCACCAGUGAGGAAACCCUUAAAGAAAUCUUCUCUAAAGUUGGAGCUGUGAAGAGCUGCAGUAUUUCUAAAAAGAAGGACAAAUCAGGUUCUCUUUUGCCUAUGGGCUUUGGAUUUGUGGAGUACACAAAACCAGAGCAAGCACAGAAAGCUCUCCGGCAACUUCAGAAAUGCACGGUGGAUGGGCAUCAGGUGGAAAUCAAACUGUCAGAGAGGGCAAUCAGAGCAGCAACUUCAACGGAACGCAAAAAACAGAACUCUAAGAAACAGCAGAGCUCAAAAAUUCUUGUGCGCAAUGUCCCCUUCCAAGCAACGGUUCGUGAAAUACGUGAGCUGUUCAGCACAUUUGGAGAAUUGAAGACCGUCCGUCUGCCUAAGAAAAUGGCUGGCACAGGGAGUCACCGUGGAUUUGGCUUUGUGGAUUUUGUCACCAAACAAGAUGCAAAGAGAGCUUUUAGUGCCCUGUGUCACAGCACCCAUCUUUACGGGCGCAGGCUUGUUCUGGAGUGGGCAGAAACAGAGGAUAGUGUGGAGACUUUGCGGAGGAAAACUGCUGAACAUUAUCAUGGAUCUCCAAAGAAAAAGAAGAAGGUGAAUGACUUGAUGGACAAUUUCAUGGAAAGCCUGGAUAAGGACAAUGAGGACGAAUAGGAUUGGGGUUUGGGUUCCAUAAGCUGCAGCUAAAGCUUUUCAAGGGACAACAUUGUUGAAAGACUCUUUUACAAGGUUUGAGCUGCUGGAUCAGAGACUGAAGGGGUUACUUGUCGUAACAGCUGGACUUAUAGUUGCAAAUCACAGGACACAUACAGGACCUUUCCCAGUUCGACUUGACACCCAUCUGCUGCAGUUUCAAAACAAUUUUACUUUACCAACAUACUGAUUUUACUGGCACCCAAACAAAGCAAUGAAUUUACUUACAGCUUCAAGCUACCUGGGAUCAGAAGGUUGCUUUGCAACAGAGAAGGAGUCAUGAAGUGCUUUUGCAGAAAUGGUUGCUGUAUGGUUAACCAAAGCGAGCUGCUGUACUUACAGUGCUUUCUGGGACAUGCCAGCUCUCUGGAGACAAAAAAGCUUCCUGAUACAGACACAAAAUAGCCUGCCUCCUAUUAAUCAUAUUUAAAACAAUGAGUACAGGCCCAGGGGUGUAGUUGGAAGGUCUGCUUGUUUAAUUAAAAGUACCAUUCUCCAUAUUUAUUGCCCAAUUCUGUUAAAUAUUAAGAGCCUGGGAUGGGAAUUUAAUGGGAAGGUGGCUAAUGUAAUCUGCAAGAGACGAAAAAGGAUCAGCAAGGUUGAGAGAAAUUGCUAAGUGUUAGGAGGAAAAUUAAGGUUGCAGAAGGUGAAGAUUAAGCAGAAAGAGCUCUGGGUCUGACAAGGUGGUUCUUAGGGCAGUGUGUCUGAUAAGGAGGCUGAAUAAAUGCACAUAGUGGCAUGAAGGUUGGUGUGUGUUGAGACUAAAAGGGAGGAAAGGGGCAAGGCCUAAGAAAAGAAGAAAGGUCAUAAGGAGGGAUGCUUUGGCUUUGGUGGCAGGGACCAAAAACUGGGGAAGGACCUGGAUCAGAUGCCUGAGAUUUAUUGUGCAAGGAUGGACGGGUUUUGCAUUAUGUCAUUUUGAAAUCUGUUCGUGAGAAAGGAAAAGAGCUACAUCUAAGAUCUACACUCACACGUGGCUAUAACCUUUGACAGUAUAGAUGUUUCUGGGAUCUGUAAGACAGAAAUGGCUUUACACCACUGGGGGUGCUGUAAGAUGCCAUAGUGAGGGGCUGUUUGGGUCUCUGUGUAUUUGAAAUGCCAGGACCUAUUUUGAAGCCCAGUCUAGACCUGGCUUUAUCUUAUAUGCUUCAAAAAGUCCACAUGUAGGAAUCAAAAUUGGAAAUCUGAUAGGUAUGCUCUGUGCCACUUCCCUUGAAGAGUGAUUUUUUGAGAAAUGUAGUCAGUGUGGCUUUGCAGCAUUUAGUAGUCACUAUCUGGUAUUGGCUGAAAAGGCUAUUGGUAUAAGGAAGCCUAGCUGUACAUCUAUGCUGCUCUGACAUUUUACUUUAUUGUUUUUUGUUUAGGUAUUUUAAUGGUAACUUAUUUGAAAGGUGUCAUCUAAUACCAUACCAGUAUGAAAUGCAUUAUGACUGGGCUUUAUGGGAAAUGGUCAUCACAAAUAAUAAUACCUUCUAUUCUUUUACACAAGUUUUAAAAGUGUUCAUAUUUUCAUUUGGGGGCAUUAAUAAGGGGAAGGCCAAAGAUUGUGGAAGUUGUGAAAGGUUGGGGGUUGUAAAUGGAAGGGAAAGUAAUCUAUGGUAAGGGAAGCGCCCAAGGUAGGACAGAGUGGACCAGUGGGGUGAUGGUGAGUAAGAUGGUGGGGGGCUUAAAAUUCAGGUCACCUUUCUAAGUACUUUUGCCUUGUUAUUACAAGAGCUUUUAAGGCCAUCCUUACAUUAAUGGUGGUAGCACAGCAAAAAAAAAAAUAAAAAUGUUUUGUGCUCACUGCAGGGAUAUCUCACAUCACUCGUAUGUGAAAAAAAUUAAGUCAUAUGAAGCCAUACCCUUAAAUCCAUAUGCCAUAUUCCCCAGUGGGUAACCCAGCACACAAUUAAACACCCUAUGGACCCCCCAACAACGUUUUUGUAAUGAAAUUCCCAGAACAAACCACUGCCAGGUUCACCUCUAACAGGCAGCAUAGAUAGAGCAGGCACAGUAUGGCACACACAGACAGCAUAGGGCAGGCACAGUAUGGAGCACACAGACAGCAUAGGGCAGGCAGAGUAUGGCACACACAGACGGCAUAGGGCAGGCAGAAUAUGGCACACACAGGCAGGGUAGGGCAGGCAGAAUAUGGCACACACAGGCAGGGUAGGGCAGGCAGAGUAUGGCACACACAGACAGCAUAGGGCACACACAGGCAGCAUAGGGCAGGCAGUGUAUGGCACACACAGGCAGCGCCAGUGUUUACGACUCAAAAAAGAGAGUGUACAAACGUUACCUCAGUAAGUAUAUAAAUAAUAAUAAUAAUAGAAUACUUACCUAGCCUCAUGGCAGGAGGCGAGAACCUUGCCUCAGGCAGCAGAGAGUGGCUAGUUACCAGGGAUGGCAAAAAUCCGCUAUUCUAGUGCAGAGUGUGCAAAAUAAUUUUUGAAUAUACCGUUUUGUAUUGCCACAGGAACUUAUGCCUAUAACUGUAUGGGUCAAUACGUAUGAUGUACAGUUUUUAAAUGUAUAAUUAAAGGGUUCAUUUUAAACUUC